AUGAUGUCCAAGUGUUUCUCCAUUGAAUAUCUUAUUGGUGUUGGUAACACAAAUGAAAAAGAAAAGAAGCUUUGCCAACAAACAACGGAUUUUGCUUUAUUGUCGUCGCCUAUAGCGACAGCGACGGAUUUAUCAACGACAAAAAAGUUGCGACAGUCUCCGCCGAAAUGUUUGUCGUCGAUUUUGCAAUCAUCAUCAAACAACGAUACACAAGCAUCGUCAGCAGAAUUACUAUCGUCUGUGGUCGACAUCAACACCGUUGCUACAGCGGAAGCAGCAGCAAUAGUAGCUGCUGCCACACCGUCGUCAUCACCACCAUCGUCGUCAUCGUCGUUUUUAUCAUUGUCUUCUGCUUCCUCGUCAUCCCCUUCAUCAUCGUCGUCAUCAGCAAUUGCCGAUCAUGAUUUGGUGUUGGUCAAACAAUCAACAGAUGAAACAGGCAAGGAUGGUCCCGAUGAGCAGCAGCAGCAACAACAACAACGAAACGUUGAAACAUCAACUGCCGCAAGUGGACAAACUUUUCGGACAUUUCUAUCAGAACCAACAAAAUCGUUGGCUGUAAAUAAUUAUCAUAUUGGAUUGCAGAAUGUUAACGUACGGUUAGAAGGAGCUUCACUGUGGAAUAAAUUUUAUUCAUUUGGUACCGAAAUGAUUGUAACAAAAACUGGAAGGUAA